AGCAGCGCGUUGCUCAGCUGCCAUGUUGUUUGUUUUCCCUCCUCCCCGAUGCAGCGGCUGACUUUGUGGCCGCUCGCUGGUCGUCUUCAGCGGACACUUUCUGCUGACACGCACCGCUCCGUCCGGUGAUAUUCUCAUUGCUCGACCAACUCGUUUCAACCCCCCACAGACACACACCAGCCUCACAAAGCGCCGCCUGGUGAGGUGAAGAUGGUGGAUCGGCUUGCCAACAGCGAGGCCAACUCCAAGCGCAUCGCGGUGGUGGAGAGCUGCUUCGGGGCGGCGGGUCAGCCUCUGGCCAUCCCGGGCCGCGUGCUGAUCGGCGAAGGCGUGCUGACCAAACUGUGCCGCAAGAAGCCCAAAGCGCGGCAGUUCUUCCUCUUCAACGACAUCCUGGUGUACGGAAACAUCGUCAUCCAGAAGAAGAAGUACAACAAGCAGCACAUCAUCCCGCUGGAGAGCGUCACCAUCGACACCGUGCCCGACGAGGGCGACCUGCGCAACGGCUGGCUCAUCAAGACGCCCACCAAGUCCUUCGCCGUCUACGCCGCCACCGCCACGGAGAAGUCGGAGUGGAUGAACCACAUCGGCAAGUGCGUGGGCGAGCUGCUGCAGAAGAGCGGCAAAGCGCCCACCAGCGAGCACGCCGCCGUCUGGGUGCCCGACUCGGAGGCCACCGUCUGCAUGCGCUGCCAGAAGGUCAAGUUCACGCCCGUCAGCCGCCGCCACCACUGCAGGAAGUGCGGCUUCGUGGUGUGCGGCCCGUGCUCUGACAAGAAGUACCUCCUGCCCAGCCAGUCGUCCAAGCCCGUCCGCGUCUGCGAGUUCUGCUACGUGCAGCUGACGUCGGGCGCGCGCUCGGACUCCUUCGCCCGGCCCUCGUCCAACUUCGACAUGUCCGACGACGACGACGAGGACGACAGCAGUGACUGAGCGGGGCGGAGCCAGCCGGACCUCCCAGAACUGAGUGGUGGCAUUUUGGACGGCCGCAUCGCCACGCAACGCUGAGGCCUGGAUAAUAGACACGCCCCUUUGUCCUCUAGCUCCUCCCUCUUCUGUCCCCAGCCAAUCAUCUCUGCAGGGAAAGAGCUUUCUUUUCUAUUUCAAUUAGCUGCUCGUGACAAAUCAAGCCUGUGCCUCCACGCUCACCUCCGUGCCUUCUAGAACAUCAGCAGGUCUUCUUCUAGAACAUCAGCAGGUCUUCUGGCAAAAAAAAUACAUUCGGUGCUUUGACGAGCACAUCCUGUGUCCUGCAGUUGCCACGGCAACCAUCUCUUCACUUCCACUGAGACACUAAUGCUGCGUCCAUUUGAGGGACGACAUUCCUCCGGUCUUAGCGGAGGACCAGGACACACGUCGGACAGAAGUAUCGGGACGGCUGCAGGAAACCGGACGUUUGCACACGAGGUAAAUCGUCCCGUCUCUUCGCACUUCAGUAGUUUCUUUUCUCCGCUUUAAACUUUAAACCGUUUGGGUUUUAUCAGUGUUUUUAUGGUGCUAUCUGCACGUAGCUGUACACCCAGCAGGGGGCGAUGUGGUCAUUUCAAUUCACACAGCAUGUUGCGUAUCAAUACUGCUGCUUCGAUGUGUCAACCUAGGGGUAUUCAACUAGCAGGCUCGGGGGCCAAAUCCGACACCACAUCGGUUCAGUUCAAAACUUGGGAGUACAAAUAUUUUUGCAGAAAAUUCCAAACGUAAACCCGUUUUACACAUUUAACGUUGCUAGCAAACAUUAGCAUCGGGGUCCAAACUUGUGAUUUACAUAAUCUCCGAUGUGUCAACCUAGGGGUAUUCAACUAGCAGGCUCGGGGGCCAAAUCCGACACCACAUCGGUCCCCCGGGUUCAGUUCAAAACUUGGGAAUACAAAUAUUUUUGCAGAAAAUUCCUAGACGUAAACACAGUUCUACACAUUUAACUUAACGAGGCAUUCCGUUGUGUAUCAAUACUGCUGGUUCGAUGUGUCAACCUAGAGGUAUUCAACUAGCAGGCUCGGGGGCCAAAUCCGACACCACAGCGGUCCCCCGGGUUCAGUUCAAAACUUGGGAGUACAAAUAUUUUUGCAGAAAAUUCCAAACGUAAACCCGUUUUACACAUUUAACGUUGCUAGCAAACAUUAGCAUCGGGGUCCAAACUUGUGAUUUACAUAGUCUUCGAUGUGUCAACCUAAGGGUAUUCAACUAGCAGGCUCGGGGGCCAAAUCCGACACCACAUCGGUCCCCCGGGUUCAGUUCAAAACUUGGGAAUACAAAUAUUUUUGCAGAAAAUUCCUAGACGUAAACACAGUUCUACACAUUUAACUUAACGAGGCAUUCCGUUGUGUAUCAAUACUGCUGGUUCGAUGUGUCAACCUAGAGGUAUUCAACUAGCAGGCUCGGGGGCCAAAUCCGACACCACAGCGGUCCCCCGGGUUCAGUUCAAAACUUGGGAGUAAACAUAUUUUUGCAGAAAAUUCCAAACGUAAACCCGUUUUACACAUUUAACGUUGCUAGCAAACAUUAGCAUCGGGGUCCAAACUUGUGAUUUACAUAAUCUUCGAUGUGUCAACCUAGGGGUAUUCAACUAGCAGGCUCGGGGGCCAAAUCCGACACCUAAGCGGUCCCCCGGGUUCAGUUCAAAACUUGGGAGUACAAAUAUUUUUGCGGAAAAUUCCUAGACGUAAACACGUUUGCUAACAAACAUUAGCAUUGGGGUCCAAAUUUGUGAUUUACAUAAUCGAGGCGUUCCGAUGUGUCAACGUAGGGGUAUUCAACUAGCAGGCUCGGGGACCAAAUCCGACACCACAGCGGUCCCCCGGGUUCAGCUCAAAACUUGAGAGUAGAAAUAUUUUGCAGAAAAUUCCAAACGUAAACCCGUUUUACACAUUUAACAUUGCUAACAAACAUUAGCAUCGGGGUCCAAACUUGUGAUUUACAUAAUCGAGGCGUUCCGAUGUGUCAACCUAGGGGUAUUCAACUAGCAGGCUCGGGGACCAAAUCCGACACCAAAGCGGUCCCCCGGGUUCAGUUCAAAACUUAGGAGUACAAAUAUUUUUGCGGAAAAUUCCUGGACGUAAACACGUUUUACACAUUUCACUUUGCUAACAAACAUUAGCAUCGGGGAUCCAAACUUGUGAUUUACAUAAUUGAGGCGUUCCUCAAGGCACCCCUUUAAGUCCUCUCCUUUUUUGGCAGAUACACCUUUUUCCGUAAUUUGACUGACUGUAGUUAGUUUACAUCAGAUGCGGUUCAACUUCUUGAGUUGUAGUCCUGGUGUUCCUUAGGGUUCAAUCUUAGAUCCUCUGUUUUUCAUCAUUGUUCAAAAAAAAAUUCAAAUUUUUGCUGAUCACACUCGAGUGAUCACACUCGAGUGCUGUCAUGAAGAUGUUUGGGGAAGAUCCUAAAAAAAACAACCAAGCGCUCCUGUAACUAAGAAAAUAAAUGGACCAAGAUCAAAUGUCCACUGUAGAGGACACCGGUGACACAAAACAAGACUUAUAAGGGAGGACGGGAUCAGUUCGGCUCUCUGGAAAGGUGGCCCCUUAAAACAAUUGAGAUGAAUAUCCCCGCGUUACUGUACUAAAAAGAGGCAUUUUUUACGACUUUAUUAUGUUCACGUUCAAUCAAUGCAAGACCAGGAGCAGAACUCUUCCACAAGGUUUUGGACUAUUUGCCAUGUUGGAACAGUUCUAGUUGUUCCACACCAAACCUUCACGGACCUUCCUUUAGCACCAGCACCAGAAAAACGGUCCAAACUGUGAUUCAGGGACGACUAUGAUUGGAUCGGAGAUGUGUCCCAACACUUUUGUCCGUUUUUGCCCUCUUUUUCUUCUUGUUACUUUUCAAAAUACUUUUCUUUUUUUUUUGUUCGAGAAUUACCGUCUAAAAAUUAGGAAGUGAGUUUUAUUUUCGGGACUGUGUGGUUGUGCGAUCACACUCACACAAGUGUGUAUGUGCAUGUGUGUGUGUGUGUGUCAUGUGACAAGUUUCUCUUCCCAGCUGAGUUUAAAGUGUGAAAGGAGAAAAAAAAGGGAUAUUUUUCUUGUUUUUUUUGUCUUGUACGAUAGUUGUGUAAAAUUUAAAAGAAUGUCGCUAUAUAAUUAUUUCUAUUGUUUUUGUCGAGCAAUUGUGCGUCGAAGGAAUCUUUCACGCUAGUACAAUCGUUACACUGAACGCCAUAUUUGGUCAUCUAAUGCAGAACCACCUCAGAAAACACCAUCAUGGCCAACAAUAAUGCACAGUAGCAUAGUAGGCCAAAGUAUUCAUUAAAACAAGGCAGGGGUAUUGUUUAACAAGAAUAUUUACCAUAUUUUCCGGACUAUAGAGCGUGACAGUGUAUAAGUUUACCCACUAAAUGUGAGAAGAAAAAAUAUCUCCAUAUAUUAGCCGCAGAUAUAUACGUUGUGAAAUGAGAUAUUUACACAGAAAUAUUCUGUAAAUGUUUAUUUACAUACCUUGAUUGUUUCCAAACGGCGGCUGUAACACGGCAGUAAAACGGCUGAUCAAACAAAACAGAAGUCAUCGUCAUGUACUCACUCACUCUCUAAUCAGCUAAACAAACUCCACGGUGACGUUUUGGUGAAUUUACAAAACUGGAACAAUACAAAAAAUAUAUUUAUUGUAAGUUAAUAAUACUAACACAGACACUUUAACUAAUGCUAACGACGCUAGCUUCAUUCCAGUACGAUAGCACGUGCAAACAUGCAUGAAAACACUCCUACAGACAUCACACAUGAAACGGUUUAGUAAGUAUGAAUAGUUUUGGUUAUAUUGUAAAACUUACAAACGUUGCUUGGAGUGAUGAAUGAAGAAUACAUACGAGUAGAAACGCUAUGGACGGCUAAAAACCCGAACGGCACGUCUACUUCCGGUUGAAAGCUCAGUCCAAAGACGGCACUGCAGUAACUUCAGUGAGCAAACUUGUCCAAAAGGUGGCGCCAUAGCACAAACAAUAACACACCUUCUCAGUGUAUUCAAUUGUGGGGGUUUUAAAAAAACUUUUUGCAUUAUAAUCUGGAAUUAACGGUAAAAAAAAAAAUUGGCCACUAACAGACAGUUUGAACAGUAACACUGUGUUUGAAUAUUUCACUGAUUUGGCGUACCACCACAGUUUGAUUUGGUGUGCCACUAACAGACAGCUUGAACAGUUACACUGUGUUUGUGGUUUUACGCCAAAUCAAUGAAAUAUUCAAAGUGUUACUGUUCAAACUGUCUGUUAGUGGCCAAUUUUUUCAAACUGUGGUGGUACGUCAAAUCAAUGAAAUAUUCAGUUUGAUUUGGUGUACCACUACAGUUUGAAAAAAUUUUUAAAAAUUGGCCACUAACAGACAGUUUGAACAGUAACACUGUGUUUGAAUAUUUCAUUGAUUUGGCGUACCACCACAGUUUGAAAAAAUUGGCCACUAACAGACAGUUUGAACAGUAACACUGUGUUUGAAUAUUUCAUUGAUUUGGCGUACCACCACAGUUUGAAAAAAUUGGCCACUAACAAACAGUUUGAACAGUAACACUGUUUGUGGUGGUAUGCCAAAUCAAACUGUGGUGGUACGCCAAAUCAAUGAAAUAUUCAAUUUGAUUUGGCAUACCACCACAGUUUGAAAAAAUUGGCCACUGACAGUUUGAACAGUAACACUGUUUGAAUAUUUCAUUGAUUUGGCGUACCACCACAGUUUGAAAAAAAUUGGCCACUAACAGACAGUUUGAACAGUAACACUGCGUUUGUGGUGGUACGCCAAAUCAAAC